AAAAUAAACUGUGCCAGAGAGUCAAAGAAGCUGAAUCUAUCAGCCAGUUGGUACUUUGGCAGCCAAAAUCAGGCAGAAUAGAAAAGGAAAACUUAUUGAGUUUUAGAUUUGAAUGUGGAUGAUUGCUGAGAAGUACCAUUGGAGAAAGGGAAGCUGGUGGUCACGUGGAUUCCUCUGCAUGUCAUCUGACAGAUUGGACCAUAUAUGGUGUUGAUAACUCCCCUCUCAUUAGUCCUCCUCACUAGAAAAGAAAAGGCAACGGUUCCCAGCGUUUCUGUUUUGUUUCUCUCUCCAUCUGCACUAUAAUAUGCCAAUAUGUAUUCCUUAUGUAUAUUUGCAUGUGAUAUCUUCUUAGCUAGGAUUGUCUAAAUAUGCAACUACUCGGGAGCAAGAUAGUUUCCCUAAUUGCAUAUUAUGUACGGGGCUUGCUUGCUUCCUUUGCCGCUGAACUUUCUGAAGCGUGAAUGUUAAUCAAAUAUCUUCUUAGCUAGAAUUUUUUCUUUUUUGAUAUAUUAUGUAUUUAAAUUUUAUCUCUACGGCUGUGAGGGUUUAUUUCUUAUCUCCCCUUCUGACAUCUUUGAUCUUUGAUGUCUGGUAAUGAAGAUAUUUGGAAUCAAUAAUAUGACCUCUUUGAUUGCCGAUAUUUGGUAAUAGAGACGGCUAGAAUCAAUUACUAUCACCACCUUGAAUGGUUAACCAGUAGCAAUUUUAUGCUAAUUUCUCCUUUUUUAUCAUGUUUCCUGCUAAGCCAAGAUUAAUCAGAGGGAUUUUAUUGUUGCCUUUUAUCCCUAAGCAGAAGGGGUUUCCAUGAAAGCCUGGUUGCUCUUGUAAUAUAAACACAUUUAUCAUCAUUUGUCCUUUUGCUAACUUAGAGCUUCUGUAUUUGUGAUUUCUUGUUGUUACUUACAGGUUUGAGAAUUGACGUAACAUUGACCUUCAUGUGGGCUUGUUUUUGUUGGUAUGUCAUGGUACUGUUCUACAUAUAUCUCUAUCUCUCUGGGAGAUAAGGAAAGGGGAUUUGCUAUGGACAGGAAGUAGGCCUAUAAAUAAAGGUAAGUCAACAGGAUGGGCUUGUCAAGCAACUCUCAGACGCUGCUGCUGGUGGCUGAAUCCCAAAGCAGAAAUGGCCUUAGAAGCACUAUCUACAAAUGAACCCUUGCACUUCAUCAUCCAUGACUAUGACGCUCUCAGCGCCAACCCUUACAGCUGCAUUGACCACUCUUUAGAGCCCCCUUUCAUGCCACGACCUUGCCUGAAACUUCAAGAAAUCAGAGACCCCCCGGAUACCAGUACUGCAAUGGCGCCCCGGCGCCGCCCGUCAGGGCCAGAGGCCGUCGACAGGCGGCAGAAUUUGGCUGUGCAAGGUCGGAAGAAGAGGAGGAGGAGGCCAAGAAUUUGUAAGAACAAGGAGGAAGCUGAGACACAGAGAAUGACACACAUUGCAGUGGAGAGAAACCGCCGGAAGCAGAUGAAUGAGCACCUCACCGUCUUGCGCUCUCUCAUGCCGGAAUCUUACGUCCAAAGGGGUGACCAAGCUUCGAUAGUGGGUGGUGCCAUUGACUAUGUGAAAGAACUAGAGCAGCUGCUGCAGUCCCUGGAAGCUCAAAAGUUCUUAGUACUACAACAAGGAGGAAGGCCGCCUGCAACCGCCGCCGCAGCCUCCUCCUCCUCCUCUGCGGAAUUGGCAACAGCACCCUUUGCUCAAUUUUUCUCAUUCCCACAGUACACAUGGUCUCAGUUUCCCAGCAAGUAUGCGUCCAAGAGCAAGGCAGCCCUGGCGGAUAUUGAGGUGACUUUGAUUGAAACCCAUGCAAACCUUAGAAUUCUGUCAAGAAAAUGCUUUAGACAGCUCUCGAAAAUGGUGGCCGCCUUUCAGACACUGUUCCUCUCCGUCCUUCACCUCAGUGUCACCACUUUGGAUCCAUUGGUCCUCUACUCCAUCAGUGCCAAGAUGGAAGAUGGAUGCCAACUGACUUCAGCAGAUGAAAUAGCAAGCGCAGUUCACCACAUGCUUAGGAUAAUAUUUGAGGAGGAUGCUAUCCUCUAUUGAUCAAAUAAUAAUAUUAGUUGCCCCAGCUACCCUUCUAGUUUCAAUUGAAUCACCAAAAUGCCACCAUCUCUCUCUCUCUCUCUCUCUCUCAUUGUACAUGAGCACUAUGGCAUGGAUGUAAUCAAUUUGUGCAUUUAAUUUAACUCUCUCUCUCUUUCUCUCUUCCCCUGUAAAUGAGGCAUGGGUGUAAUCACUGUGUAUUUAAUUCAAUUUUUAAA